AACUUCGCUUUUAAUGUUACUUCCGGGACUCUCUUAUCAAAAACACUACACACUCGUGUUGUUAAGGCAUUUAUCGCUGUCACUGCGAUAUCUGAUCGCCUUUCUGGACAGUCACCUAUUUUUCAUCAAAUCACCUGACUGCAACUACCACCUGAAGCUUGUCUUUUGCAGAAAACUUCAAAAUGGGUGUCUCUGGCCCGACUGCUGUUUUCUUUUCCUCGUUAACAGCAAUCCCAAUUUCGUACGUGCUGAACAAGGUGUCUUCCAUGACCGACCCCAGACUCAUACUUCUUUGUGGAGUUCUGGUUUUGAUAUUCGUGACGCUUAUCCCAUACCUCACUGUCAAGUAUCGGCCACAGAAAACCGAUUCCUUUUUCUAUGUCCUCAGCAUCUUCACAUUCAGUUCUGUGAUCGAUCUUGUCAUUGCGCUUGAGAAUGAUGGCAUCAUCGCUGAUUUUAUGGCCUUCUACCUGAAGGAUGGGGAGCCGUAUCUGAAGACUGCCUAUGGGACAAUGAUCUCCUACUGGGAUGGCGUUGCUCACUACGCCAUGUACCUCACCAUAUUGGCAGCGCAGUCCUGGGGCCAGAGCUACAGGGAGGUGGGCCUAUACUGGGCGGGGUCGAUCGGACACAGCAUGUUCGUCUUCAUGCCUGGCAUCCUGAUGGGGGAGCACGGCAUCCGAUGGCCGUGUCUGCUGAACUUACCAUAUCUCAUCAUCCCAGUGAUAGCUGCAGCCAAGUUCCUUAGGGGAAGGCCACAGGAGGAGACCAGCAACAGACCACAUCCGCCCAGCAUCUGGCGCCGACCAGUUGACAUCUUCCUCAUCCUCUACCUCACAGGAGCAUCAGUGCUGGCCAUCAUCAGGUUCAUUGCCGCCACAGGUGGUAAUGUGACAAUAGGCAAGUACUACUUGGAGAAGUUCGAGCCAUACAUGUCUGAUCCAUCACUCUACCCCAGAGUACAGAUGAUUGUGUACCUGUUCUACUUCCUGCCCUACUAUGGCGCCUCCAUCUACGGCCUCAUCUACCCAGGAGAAACAUGGAUGUCUGACUGGUCCCUGUUACACGCUGGGGCAGCAGCACAGGCUCAGUUCUCCUACAUCGGGGCAUCACUGCACUACCGGACUCCGUACAUCCAUCGCGUCCCACAGAACUCCUCCGCCCGACUGGUGUUCUGGCUCAUCAACCUGGCCUUGUUCUUCGUACCCCAGCUGUUGGCCUACAGGUGUCUGUCAAACAAGGAUUUCUUCAAAAAGCAAAUCAAGAACAAAACCUCAAAGACCAACAAGAAGAAAGCCACAUGAUAAAAGUUGGUUUGUGGGUAGAAGAUAUAUGCUGUACACCAAGUGACCUAUUAACCUGUUGAUUUAUAAACUGCCACGGUUUAUGAAUACUGAUAAACAGUAUUUAUUGCAGAUUUUUUCACAAUCUAUGCUAGAUAAAUGUUGAUUGGCUCAUCUUAACCAGCAGUGUAUCUGUAGAUGAGGUAGCAGAUGUGACCAAAUUAUAUAUGUUUGUACCGGUGAUUAGUAAUGAAGUGGCCUUGUCUCUCCUUGAAAUACCACAAACUAGAACUAAGUCAUAUGGGGACAGGUCUUUCUCUAGAGCAGGACCCUUCCUCUGGAACAAUUUACCAUCCAUCCUUUGUUCAGAAACAGAACUGUCAAAUUUUAA